AUGGAUGGGCACAUAACGAAGAAAGUCCAUUGUGUUUUUGGAAACUUCCCUUUGUAUGAUACCAAAAAGCACUACUCUAGCCCCUUCAAACUCGCCGGCUGCAAUUGGUGUCUUGUUGCUGUUAGCAACGGAUAUACGAAGGAUAGCUACUUGUCCGUGUAUCUAGAGCUUGCUCCUGGACCGUUGCCACCAAGAUGGAGAAGAAACGUGAAAUUUAGCCUCACACUUGAGCGUAAUCCCGGUUUCGGUUUGUGUGUAUCCAACAAAACAUUAGGAAGGGGAGGCUGUUUCGAUGCAGAGAACGACAGUUGGGGCUUUGAAAAGUUCUUGCCUCUUUCCGAACUUUGGGGAUAUCUGUUGGAUUACGAACUCAGUUUCAUCGCUGAGCUAGACGUUUAUCCAGAGGAACCUGUGAAGAUUAUUGAACCUCUGAGCUGCAGAGAAAGAAACCAAGAUGAUGAUGAUGCAUCUGUCACCAGAUCUCAGGGUGACUCGUCUUGCCAAGUGGCGCAAAACACUGAGAACCCGUCAAACAAGAUUUUAGAUGAAACUUGUGGAACAGGGUUUAACACUGUGGCAUCUGUUACACAGACUGGUAAUGAUGUACUUAAGGAGGAGAUUCAACGUCUAAAGGAAACAAUGAAUGUCAAUGGGUUUGAGGUUUCUUCUUCCCAGGUAGAAUCUGUGAGGCGUAUAUUCGAAAGACACCCAAACAUUGCCAUGGAGUUUCAUGCAAAGAACCAACAACUAAGGAACACGUGUAUGAAUUUCCUGCUGAGCUUAAUCCAGACGUUGUGCCAGUCUCUUGAGGAGCUCUCCAAUGAAGAUCUUGUGGAAGCAGACAUUGCGCUUACAUACUUGAAAGAUGCAGGCUUUAAGGUUGAUUGGCUGGAGAAGAAGUUAGACCAAAUGAAGGACAAAAAGGAGAAAGAGCAGUCUGUCUUGGCUCGGCUCCAAGAAAUUGAAGAAAAUCUUAAGGAACUGAAGAAAAAGUGUUCAGACUUGGAUGCUCUUGCGGAGGAGGGGAAGGCAGAGUUGUCAGCCACAAGAUCUGCUCCGUCUUUUGAUGAUCUUGUUUGA